UCAGCUCUCCUCCUCCUCCUCCUCCUCCUCCUCCUCCUCCUCCUCCUCCGUCACACCCGGGACACCCAAAUUCUGCACCCCUCCCAGCCUACCCCUGCAGGACGCAACUGUGUUCCCCACAUAGCCAUGGAAAACGACCAAAACUGGCUGCGUAUUCAACCCUACCCACUCGCGCCACUGGUAGAACCACGGCACCGAACCGAGAAUUGUUAUCAGCCGGAGCACCCGGUACCAGUUGACGGGCGGCCGGCAGAGAAGGGCGUCGCAGACGGCCAGCGCGACGCCGCACAGCGCUGCGGCCUGGAUGUAGGCGACGGCGACGAGGAGCCCGAGGCACAGGAAGAAGCGGCACAGCAUGGCCGCGAAGGUGGGGGGAGGGUCUGGCUUGGAUGCUUUCCAGGUGUAUGUGGUUAUCACAAGUUCGAUGUCAAUGCCGGGGUUCCAGAUGCUGAUCGUGCAGGUCAUUAUUGCGGGUUGGUUAUGGAGGAUUUGUUCCUGAGUGUCGUGGUGGGUUGUGGGGGUGUAACUGAGAUCGAAGUCGGGGUUUGGUUCUUUUAUAUGCAACAAACCCAAAAUGCUCCAGUGUGUCGGGGUUUCUCGAGUCCUUUGUGGCUGUAAGCAAGUAUCAUCCAACAAUCACUGGUCAUUGAUAAGAGGGUGACUGAG